AUGGAAGCUCCAGUUGUUGAACACCCAAAAAGAGCCUAUGGACCGCAAAACAAUGCAUGCGGAACAUGUGCUAGAGCAAAGGUGAAAUGUAUGCCGUCUGAUCCCAUGGGCGAUAAAUGCUAUCGCUGUCAACGACUUCGAAAAGAAUGCGAACCUCCAAAUAAGCCGAAAAAAAGACUCAAAACUACCUCCGUGGCUGGACUCGAGAAGAAAUUAGAUGAUAUCGUUACUAUUCUGAGUACUUCGAAUCAUAUACCACAAGCAUCAACUGCACAACGUCAAAAUGACAUCCCGAUGAAUACAAAGUCCAUUGAUACACCACACUUACAAUCUCAGAAUGACGUCCCAAUGGAGAUCAAAUCUAUUGAUCCACCACACUUGCUAGACCAUGUCACUGAACAGACCCCAAAUGAUGAGACAUCAAUGUGUUUCGGUGAUGAUCUCAAGACCCCAUCCACUAGCAACUGCGCGAAUACAGAUUUAUAUUCCUCGUCGCUAAAUAUACCUCCCAUAAUCGAUCUUGACGAUGAUUAUGCACAUGCCUUAUUAGCCAUUUUCAAAAGUGACAUGGCUCCAUACUGUCCAUUCGUCCUCAUACCCCCAAAUAUCUCACCUCGCCAAUUCCAAGCAGAGAGACCGUUUUUAUGGAAAGCUAUCAUUACGGCUGCAUCUCACCGAAAUCCGACUUUUCAAGAUGCUUUUGGGAUUCGCUCUUUCGAGAAUUUUAUCACUGAAUUGUUGUUAAGAGGCCAGACUGCUAGUCUAGACAAAUUGCAAGCUUUGCUUGUUCAUCUUGGAUGGUUUCAUUAUCAAUCUAUCAUAAAUAAUCAAACAUUCAAUUUGAUUUACCUUGUGAAGUCGAUGGUUACAACUCUUGGCUUACAACGAUCAUUAAAACAGGGUACGGCUACGUCGAAGGUAUUGGUUGAUGGCGCCCGGCAAGCCAAUAAAGAUAAAUUAAGUAGUCGGAGACUUGAGGAGCUUCGGGCUUACGCAGGAUGUUUCUAUGCCACCUCAAUGAUGCCACCAGGUAGUAGCGUGGAAAGUAUGAGAUACACAGUCCAACUCGAAGAAGCAUGCAAAACGGUAGCCGAAGCAGGAGGGUUACAGAGCGACAUACUUCUUUUCCAUCUAGUGAAGCUGCAACAACUCACGAGGAAGAUCAAACACACAUUCUUCAAUCUCGAAGCGGGAUUCGGUCCUCGUAUCGUUCCGCGAAAGAUGUAUAUGGAUUUAUUGCAGAGAGAACUCGAAAGUUUCAAACAUGAGCUACCAGAAAAUCUCAAGUCCCACUUCCUCAUAUCAAUCAACUACAGCAUUGCCGAAAUCAAUCUCUACGAGGCGGGCUUAAACGAUGCCGACUUCACAUCUGCAGAUAGUCUCGAGCGACUAAGCAUCCUCAACUCCUGCUUAACAUCCGUCAAAUCCUUUCUCAAUGACAAAGUCACCCAAUGGAUAGACUUUUCCAUCGCAGCUGCCUAUACCACCUGGGUCCAAGUCGGCUAUGGCAUUCUCGUCGCCCUAAAACUAUGCACCUGCAAAGCCGACGGCUGGGAUCGAGAAUGCGCCCGCGCAGCCCUAAACAUCCAACACACAAUUAAUUUCCUGAUCGAAAAACUCAAAAAAAUCAUAUCCAUUCGAGGUAGAAGUCCCGAACAACCACAACUACACUCUCAGCCCCAACCCCAAAACCCCCCAUCCAUCUCCAUAACCCCCACCCCCUCAAAAGACAUCUUCGUUCGCUUCUCGCGGCAACUCCUCCGCAUCAAAAGCUGGUACGAAGCAAGCCUCUACCCGCACACCCCCGCCUCAAGCUCCUCACUCGAAGAAGAAAUCACUCAACCCUUCAACCAACAAGACGAAUCAGCCACAGCACCACUAGUGAUACCAGAAAGCUACCUGCAAGAUGAGUUUCUGAUGAGUCUGGAUGAUAAUUUCUGGCUCGCGUUUCCUAGUGCGGAUGAUGGAUUUUGGGAUCUCCCGGAGGUGGCGUUGUGA